AUGAAGGAUCCCAAGCUGGUGCCGUAUCACGAGUAUCUCGAGAAAUUAGUGGAGAACUUCGAGGAAGUCUCGUUUACAUACACGCCGCGCAUGAAGAACCAAUUUGCCAAUGCACUUACAACGCUCGCAUCCAUGGUAAGCAUUACGGAGGAGAAUCUCAUCGAGCCUCUCGAGUUCGAGAUUACUGAGGGCCUUGCCCAUUGCGAUGUGAUUGAUGUUGUUGAUGGCAAACCUUGGUAUGCAAACAUCAAGCACUUGCUGCAAACCGGCCAAUUCCCUACUUUCACUGAUCGUCAUGAUCGGAGAACUCUUCGGCGCACUGCAGCGAAUUUCUUCCUUAGUGGCAAGACUCUCUACCAACGCUCAUUUGACGCCACACUACUACGAUGUGUCGACGAAAAUGAGGCGCAACGUCUCAUGGAAGAAAUGCACUCGGAAAUACCCAACAAGAAGGUAGCUUGA